GGAAGUUUACUGCGGCGAUGAUUUAGGGAAUGAUGGGCCGGUUAUUCCCUACCACGUGGCAUAACUACUCACUUGUCAACGAGAAAGCUGGAACAUCAUAGCAUAAAUAUACAAUCAUUUCAAUAAUAUUCAUAAAUAUAUAUGUAUAUAUUAUAAAAUAUAUAUAUUCAAUAAUAAUACAUCAUUUCAAUAAUAUAGAAAUGCGACGAGAUUCGAUAAUUAUCUCAGGAAACGCCGACUAACGCGCUAUAUAUCGCGUAUGUAGCACGAUAGGCCACAUUCCAGAGAUUUCGUAUUGAACCGUUAUUUUUUGGUUGCUACGCAUACAUUGAAACAAAGUACAUAAAACUAUGGCUGGUCGAAGAGAACAACAUUCUGACAUGAAUCCAGAUUUAUUGGCAGAAAUGGACAGAUUUGAGAAAGAAAUAUCAUCUCCUUCUGACAUCCCUCUGCCUCCUGGGGUGAUUCUGUCUUCACCACGACCUCCACCAGAACGUGCGAGUGGCAAGAACAAUGAUCAAGCUAAUCGGCCAAUCAUUAGAGCUUCAACUUUUGAUUUGGUCGCCGAAGAGCUGAAAACACGCAAUACACAAAAGUUGCUAUCGUCUCCUCCACCCCCACCACCAUCAAUGGGUGGAGUAGUUACGCCAUCUCUACAAGGGAGUUUUCAAUCUAUACCUAGUAAUACACAGGUUGGACAUGUGCAGUCUCCUCAAAGCUCUGCAAUGUUUGUUCCACAUCAGCUUCACCAUCGGACCCAACAGCCACCAAGACUGCCAGGUCCUUUCAUGCAUGGUCCAGCAAGACCUUUUGAGGGAUCUAGUGGAUCAAGUGCUAUGGUGCCUGGCAGUAGUGGAAUGCCUUCUGGCCAUGUUGGUCCAAGAGGAUCAUUACCUGGUUAUGGAUCGAAUGGGCCACCGAUGAGACACAUGGGUCAAAGGCCUGCCAUAAGACCUCCAGGAACUUAUAACAUCCCCUCAAAGAUGGGAAGCUCGGCAGAUGGUCCUAUGCCCAACUUUGGCCAAGAGAGACUAUUUGCUCCUCUGCAAGGAGGGGUCAUCGACAAGCCGCCAAUGAGGCCAAAACCUUCUCAAGUUGUGUACUCUGCAAAACCUACCCUGUACAAAGACACGAAUAAGAGACACAAGAAAGAUGAUAAACCUAUCAUUGAAAAGAUCAUGGAAGCAGACCAGGCACUAGUAGAGCAGCCACUACUUGAAACACAGGCAGCAGCAGCAACCCAACCAGCAGGGCCGACAUCUGUGUCAGCAUCCGGUGCUCUCACGCCGACGCCAGUAACGUUGUCUGCGGCUGGGGAUGCCAUCAUCAGUGAUGAUUUAGAGCGUAGGCUGAAGGAAACCGAGAUGGCGUUCAUACAUAAGCAGAAACAGCAGAAGACAAAGAAGGAGAAAAAGAUAGUGCGCAUGGCUGGUGGUCAGGUGUGGGAGGACAAUUCCUUGCUGGAAUGGGAUCCAGAUGAUUUUCGCAUAUUUUGCGGCGAUCUUGGCAACGAGGUAAAUGAUGAGAUACUGGCACGGGCGUUCAGCAAGUAUCCAACCUUCCAGAAAGCCAAGGUCGUCAGGGACAAGCGAACACAGAAGACAAAGGGAUACGGUUUUGUGAGCUUCAAGGACCCGCAAGACUUUUCACGAGCUAUGAGAGAGAUGGAUGGCAAAUAUGUGGGAUCUAGACCAAUCAAGCUGCGCAAAAGUGCGUGGAAGGACAGGAAUAUUGAUAUUGUCAAGAAGAAGCAAAAAGAAAAGAAGAGGCUUGGAUUGAGAUAGUGCCUCGUGAUGAGCCUGCAAGAUGAACAUAAGUCAUGAAUUACUGUAUUCAUGUGUUUUGUGUGCACAUAUAUAUAUAUAUCAAGAGUGCAUAAUAGAGAUAAUGCUCUAUUAUGCACU